CGGAUGAAACAGUUCUGCUAUAUAAAUAAAAUUAUUUUCAAUGUAAGUGAGAUGUAUUUACGACGUACCUACCACAAACUCCGUCACAAUCAAUAUAUAUCGUGAUUCAUAUUUGUGAUCUCAAUAAUGGGAGAAAACUAUCGAUAUCAACGAGUCAAGCUGUAUGAUAAGAUAACCGAUUAUAAAUACGUCUCGUUCUUUCCCCACACAACGAAAUAUGCAAUAGGUAUUGGAUGGUCGCGAAGUAUCCGCUGCUUAUCAGAAAUGAUUUCAGCAGCUUGUGGGAUGGUUGUUUCUGUGUUAUUAUUGUGCUGAAGUUGAUUCCAGUUAUUAUUGCAAUGGCAAACGAUCCAAAUUAUAAGAAGAAUCGUCCAUCAAGCGUGUUUGACGCUUUUCGGAACCGAUCGAAUGGCCCGAAAAAAGUUCCUAAUCACCACCAACGACAAGCCCGUGAAGUUAAGUCGAUUGCCGAAUCAUUCUCUUCGUCGAGCAUCAGCAUUCAUGAGCAAUUCACAUAUCUACAAGCGCAGCACAAAGAAUUGAAUAACCAAUACGCAGCAUUGAAAAAUAAUUAUCAGGAGCUGAACGAGCGUCACGAAAAGCUAAAAAGUGAGCACUCUGAUCUACAAGAUGAAUAUAGCAAACUGAAUGUCGAUUUCAAAAACUUGGAGGACUCACAGAAAAGCUUCAACGUGGGUAAAAUUUUAGUGCAUUUGAAGCUGAAGCGACGUCUCGAUAAGGAAUCGCUCGUAAGGCGAAAUAUUUUGCAGAAUGAAGCUUGCUUCAACACUUACUUGGAGAGUGUGAUCAAGAAUGAUACGUUGGGUAUUCCCAAGAUCGUGGUGGAAUGCAUAACGAUAGUUGGGUCUAACGAAAAGUUCAUGAAAUCACCUGGACUGUACAGAGUGUCGGGUAAUCAUAAUACGAUACAAAACCUACGGUACGAAAUCAACGCAGACAACUACAAGAAGCUGCGGAAGCAGAAAACUCCCCAUGAGGUUUGUGGUGUGCUGAAGCUUUUCUUGAGGGAACUAAAAGAGCCGAUUGUUUCGUUGGCACUGUUGAAACGGAUCAUACCAGGGCCGUCAGAUAUGAUACACACGAGAACAAUCAAAGUGUUGGAGUUGGUGAAUUCUCUAGAUGAAGUGAGGAAGAACACUCUACGGUAUCUGAUGGGGCACCUGAGAAAGGUGGCCGACAUUGAGGAAAAUGAGAUGGACUCAUCGAGCCUAGGGAUCCUGAUGAGCUCGUGUAUUUUCAACGAAACGUUGACCGAUGUCUGCCCAGAGCGAUUCGAAACAAUAAGCGCUGUUCCACGGGAAUGUACGAGAACAAUGAUUGAACAUUAUGAUGAAAUCUUUCCAAGAUAA